CGUGUGAUUUUUUUGUGUGCUUUGGGACGUCCUUGACUCCGAAAUGAGCAUUGGGCCUUGAAUUUCGCCGAAUUCUGUUUUAAUUUUCACUGAAAAUCACUAAAAAUAAUUAAGAAAAAUGCUUUUGAGCUCCUUUAGAGUAGCAAGAAUCCAUUUUCAACGCUGCCAAUCACAAAAAAUCACAAAAUCAAUCAGAAACGUGAGUGCAAUUGCUGUUCAGAAACCCUUGGAUUAUCGAAAUCCUCAAAAAUUUCCACAAAAACAAGUUGUGAGAAGCAUUUCCAACCCUUUACCGCCCAGCAAUAACCUUGACGAAGCUCUUGUUGAUGCCAACACUUAUGAAAUUGUCUGUAACGAGACCCUGGAAUCCCUAUGCGACUAUUUUGAUGAAAUUGUAGAGUCAAAUUCUUCAUUAAAAGAUGCCGAUAUCAUCUACGGAGAUGGAGUGUUAACAGUGAAACUCGGAUCCCAAAAAGGUACUUACGUGAUCAACAGACAGUCACCUAAUCGACAAAUUUGGUUGAGUUCACCCCUGAGCGGUCCCAAAAGAUACGAUUUUAUCCCCAAAAAUGCUGAAACAGGCGAUAAAUGCGAAGGAUAUUGGAUUUACAAGCACGAUGGAGUCACGUUACACGAGUUGCUGCAAGAAGAAUUGCCAAAAUUGAUCAACUCAGAGACAAAUUUCCUCGAAUUAAGUCACGGAAAGAGAUGAAAACGCACAAAUUUUGACUGAAUUUUAGUUCAUUUGCAGUAAAAUACAGAAUUCAUGAAUAAAUAUAUCGUUUAA